AUGUUUAAUAAUAAUAAUAAUAAUAAUAAUAAUAAUAAUAAUAAUAAUAAUAAUAAAAAAUCAAACAAAAGAAAAUCAUCACAAGAAGAUAAUCAAAAAAAAUUAAAAAAACUAAAACCAUCAUCAAAAAAAGAUACAACAACAAAAUCAACUACCAAAUCAUGUAAAAAAAAAUAA